CUUCGUCAAGACCUUCAAAGCUCUUUCCGCGAUCUACACCCCACUCUGACCUACUUCACUUCCAACGUUACUUGAACCAGCUAUCAAAGCCUUCUUCUCAGCACAAAGCGCAACAAAGAGCAAUAAGCCAAUAGGAUGACAACAGAGACAACCUCCGCCACCGAAAAGACACCGUCUCCAAAGCCGGUGGUGAACGACAGGAGAAAGGUCCAAAACCGCAUUGCCCAACGCAGGUUUCGGCACAAGAAGGCAAUGGAGGCUCGGGCUGCCAGUUUACAAGCAGAGGGCAUCGGGCACGAAUACUUCAACCUCCAUCCACAAUAUGCCGGUAACUACGAACUACCAUAUCUGGGACCCUCUGCGCCCACCAGUCCGACCGAUGUUCCACAGCCAGGAUGGCACCCAACUAUCGAAUAUCAGAUCGGUGUGUGGGACAAUCAGCUCUUCGGUAGCGACAAUUUCUACCUGAGCAGCCCCCCAGCCGAUAUCGUCGCUCCCAUGUCCCCUCCCAACAGCUCAGCUCCAUCCUUAUCACCUGACGGUUUGGUUUAUGGUGGGGAAGCACCCAACAAGACACCGUGCUUUCCACUCCUAGAUCAAGAGGGCUAUCCAGUUCCCAUGCAACAAAAUCACCUGUUCCGCAACGGCAUGCUCCCUGGCGCCCCCUUUGACGUUAACGGCUCGGUUCCUGGCGCUCCAUAUCACAGCUUCUCUAAUGAAGCCACCCAUGGAGACAACACAGACGUCUCCGCGCUUGAUUAUGCUGUAAAUGUGGGCGCUCAGCUCCGAGAUCAGGUGGCGACAGAAUGGAAGAGGCAUAAGCCAGCCCAGUCCAUUGACUCGUCCACCUGGGCAUCCAAGGACGGCGAACAAUGGGAGCCGUUGCUACACACAGCAGCCAGGAAUGGCAACUGUGGCAUCAUUCAAAUGCUUCUUUAUCAUAAUACCGAUGUCAACGAGCGCAACAGCAGCGGCAUGACAGCACUUCAUGUUGCUAUCGAGAAUUCUCAGGAGGACGUCAUCAUGCUACUGCUUCAGAGAGGUGUCGAUGUAAACGCGGAAGAUAAUAGUCACCGGACUGCCCUCUCCAUGGCCGUCAGCAGCAAUAGUGAGUCUGGUGUCCUGUUAUUCCUGAUGCAUGGCGCCGAUCCGAAGCUAGCCAAUCCUGCCUUUGGCGGCAACCUUGGAAACCAUACUGGUGGAGGUAUGAUGGGUAUUCAAGGAAGAAUGGGCACUGAAACACUAUGAACGAUACUAGAUAUUGAUACAGUAAUCAAAUCACAACAUCUUUC